AUGGGUAAUAUUUAUUUGAAAGCCUAUUAUUACAAUUUAUAAUCUAAAAGCAUAGUUUUUUUAUAAUAAUAUAAUUAAGAUGAAAUAAAAUUGUAAACAUUUGAUGACAAAUUUAAGAAUGCACAAACAUUACUUAAUGUUUUCUGUCGUGCAGGUAUUGCUCUCAAUUAUGAUAUUAGUGUAUGUAUGAACUUUUAACAUUUAGAUAAUAAUUGACCCAGAAUAGAAGUAAGCUAUGAAAUAUAAUUAAGUUUGAAGGAGAAUAUGGUAAUCGAAGCAGAAAUAAUAUUGACAUUAGCAAUGAUGAUAGAUAUUUGCAUCAGAAUAAUUGCAGAAAGAGAAGUAAAUCUAAAAAUAAUUAUUAAAAGUACUUUUUUAAGGAUUAUUGGAAUAUCAUUGAUUUAUCAGCAUUCAUCUUAAUAUUGAUUUUGAUCAGCCUAUAUUACAUAUUUGAAUUGCAUUCGUAACUUUAUAUGAAUAAAAUGAAUUUAGAUCGAUUAAGACAGACAUCAUCGAAGUAGACGACUCUCUAGGAUUGAUCUUAAUAAUAUUGCGAUAUUUUAUACAGAUUAUGAGAAUAAUCAUAGCAAUAAAAUAGUAAUUUUGUAAUGUAAUAUUAUUAGAUCUCAUAAAGUAACACAAUUGAGCAACAUAGAAAUCAUAAAAUUUGAACCAAUAGAUUUAGAUAACUCUAAACAUUAAGCUAGUGUUUACAUUGAUGAUCAUAAUGAAUCAUAUUCAUUUAUUUGA